AUGCCACCACGUGAAGAGUUCUCGACUAAAGGAUUAGAGGGUGCACCAUGUAAUGAUAUAGGUUGGCACUUUGGAACUCAAGUGCCAAAUGCGAAAGGAAAUAUCGUAUGUAAACUUUGUGGUAAAGUUGUGAAAGGAGGAAUAACACAAUUUAAAGAGCACAUUGCUCAUAAAAUCGGCAAUGUUGCACCAUGCCCUAAUGUUACUGGUGUCAUUAGAGAAAGUAUGAUGAAUAUAGUGAAAGAAAGCAACACAAAGAAAAUAGACAAAAAGAGGAGAAAAAAUGAAUUCUUAUCUCAAUUAAUAGAAGAGGAGGAUGUACACGAGGAAUUCAUUGAUGAGGUUUCUGUUAUAAGCCAAUCAACUCGAGAAAGUAUCCAAUCACAACACGAGUGGUAUAGAAGGGAAGAAUUCAAACGAAGUACUGGUGGUUGGGAUAACAUUUAUGAAGAAGGGCGAUCUUCUCAUGGAUCAGCUAGAGAAUAUCAUAGAGAAAGAACAAGUAAAUCCAUCCCAAGUGAGUCUGAGUUUACCUUAAGGGGAGCUAUACCUAAAUUGGUUAGAAGCAAAAGUUCAAAGCAACCAAAGGUCAAUGACUCUUUUUUAAAGAGUUUUCGAAGGAAGAUAGGUGAAAUGGUAUCUAAAUUUUUAAUAUAUGAAAUACUUCCUUUUCAUUUAGCAAGCUCUCCAUGGUUGUAUAACUUAAUUCAAGUGUCAACAGAAGUUGGACAAGGUGUAAAGCUCCCAACACCUUAUGAGGUUUCAGAUGUGUAUUUGGAGUCAGAGUAUCAACGAGUUCGUGAUUGGGUAAAUGGACUAAAGACCCAUUGGAAAGAAUUGGGUGCAACUCUAAUCUGUGAUGGUUGGACCAACAGUUUGAAUCAAAUGCACAUCAUUAAUUUUCUUGUUUAUUGCAGUAAAGGAACCAUUUUUUGGAAAUCGGUAGAUGUCUCAAGUGUCCGUAGUAGAGAUGUUGAAUUCUACUAUUGUUUAUUAGAUUCAGUUGUAGAAGAAAUUGGAGAAAAUUACAUUGUCCAAAUAGUGACUGAUAAUGAGGCAACAAUGAAAGCUGCUGGAAAAAAAUUAAUGUUGAAAAGAAAACAUCUAUAUUGGACCACAUGUGCAGCUCAUUGUUUAGAUUUAUGCCUUGAAGAUAUUGGGAAAAAGCCCAGUGUAGCAAAAGUGUUAGAUGAGGCAAAGAAAAUGACUUGCUUUAUAUACAAUCACAUUUGGACUGUUGAUUUGAUGAAGAAGUAUACACAAGGGAAACAAAUACUUCGACCCGCUCUUACUCGAUUUGCAACUCAUUUCAUUCAACUUGACGAGAUAACAAGACAAAAGCAAGGUCUGAGAGAAAUGUUUAAUUCAAAUGAAUUUAAAGAAUCAAAAUGGGGGCAGCAAAAGUCAGGGCCUGCUUAUGAAGCCAAAAAAAUUGUUUUGGGAAAAGAUUUUUGGAAAAAAGCCAAUGACCUCAUAAAAGUUUACGAGCCCCUAGUAAAAGUAUUGAGACUUGUGGAUAGCGAUGAAAAACCAACAAUGAGCUUUAUUUAUGAGGCUGUUGAUAGAGCUAAACGAGCAAUUCAACAAAGAUUGUUGAUAUUUCACCGAAGUGGCGAUGGGCCCAAUGGUGGUGGUUUAAGUCCAAUUAAUGAGGAUGGUGGAUAUAGUGGUGAUAGAGGUGAAAUUAGGUCUUCUGGUCAGUAUGGAGGAGAAUAUGGAGUUGGUACCACUAGUGGACAUUUCCGUGAUAGAUCAGAGUUUGAUGGAAAUAUGUUUCCUGAACCUAGGAGAGGUAGAAGUGAACCUAGAGCUCCAUCAAAAGGAAAAGGCAAAAAUUAUACUUCUAUAGGCUCUUCAUCUAGUAGGAGAUCGAGUUCUAGUAACCUGGGGUAUAGUGAUUCAUCAACUAGCACUCAAGGAUAA